AUUAACUUCCUCUGUUUUUCUGGUCACCGCUUUUCUCCUUUUUUAACCACCAAACACUACACUUUUCAAAAUCAAAAAAAUAAUGGGUGGGAAUUCCCCGUGUGCCUCAUGCAAGCUGCUGAGACGCCGAUGCACAAAAGAUUGCACCUUUGCUCCUUAUUUCCCUUCUGAUGAACCCCAAAAGUUCGCCAUAGUUCACAAGGUUUUUGGAGCUAGCAACGUUAGCAAAAUGUUGCAGGAACUUCCGGUUCAUCAGAGAGCAGAUGCAGUGAGCAGUUUAGUGUAUGAGGCAAAUGCAAGAGUCCGUGACCCAGUGUAUGGUUGUGUUGGAGCUAUAUCCUACUUGCAAAAUCAGGUUUCUGAGCUUCAAAUGCAACUUGCAGUUGCUCAAGCAGAGUUACUCUGCAUCCCGAUGGAAUAUGAACCAGUGAUACCAACCCCAGAAAUUUACCCUGAUCAGAAAUCUUACUUUCUCCAAAGUGAUCUCCCUCAAUAUCUCAACUAUGGCACUUCUAGCAAUGUAAUUCAUGACUCUCUCAAGAGAGAGAGCAUUUUUGGACAUGACAUGGUUUCUUGA